AUGUCUGACAGCGGAGAAGUUGAGAUCGAUACCGUCACCUACACGGUCCUGCCAAAGGAGGCCACCGAUGAGAUUGGAAGCAUCAAGCUUUUCAACAAGUGGUCAUACGAAGAUGUCGAAAUCCGGGAUAUCUCCUUGACCGAUUACAUUCAGAUCCGGGCUCCUGUCUAUAUCCCACACUCUGCCGGCCGAUAUGCGCAAAAGCGAUUCAGAAAGGCACAGUGCCCAAUCAUCGAGCGUCUCACCAACUCUCUGAUGAUGAACGGCCGUAACAACGGAAAGAAGCUCAUGGCUGUUCGCAUUGUUGCACACUCGUUCGAGAUUAUCCACAUCAUGACCGAUCAAAACCCCAUUCAAGUCGCGGUUGAUGCCAUUGUCAACUGUGGACCUCGCGAAGACUCCACCCGUAUCGGAUCCGCAGGUACCGUCCGUCGUCAAGCCGUCGAUGUGUCUCCUCUCCGCCGUGUUAACCAAGCCAUUGCCCUUCUUACCAUCGGUGCCCGUGAAGCCGCUUUCCGAAAUGUCAAGUCUGUUGCUGAGUGCUUGGCCGAAGAGUUGAUCAACGCUGCCAAGGGAAGCAGCAACUCAUACGCCAUCAAGAAGAAGGACGAGCUGGAGCGUGUCGCCAAGAGCAAUCGGUAA